UUUAAUAUUUUUAAAAUACUUUUUCUUCAUGCACUUAAAUUUUUUUUAUUAAUUAGUGACGAUGUGUAAAUUUAGUAUUUUAUUUGCAACUUUUUGCACAUUUUGCUUGUAUAAAAAUGUAAAUGGGAGCGGUUUUGAUUAUGAACAUCAAUCCAAGUGGUAUGACGACUUUCAGCAAUGCGGCUUCAGCCGUCAAUCACCGAUUGAAUUGAAUUCAAAUGAGGCCAUCAUCUCAUUUGACAUGCCGAUCAUAAAUUUUGUGCACUACGAUGUGCCGUACAUGGAAGCCGUGAGAAGUGAGAACAACGGCCACACAGCCAACAUUCAAUUUCCCACAACCGUACCAGAUUCAGCAUUCAUCACAGGUGGACCGCUACUCGAGAAUACAACCUACAUAAUGGAGAGUUUACAUUUCCAUUGGGGCUCCAACGACACUCACGGCUCCGAACAUGUGCUGAACAGCGAACGAUACUCUAUGGAAAUGCAUUUGCUGCAUCGAAAUUCCAAAUAUGCGACAGUGGAGGAGGCACGCGAGCAUGAGGACGGCUUGGCUGUGCUGGCGGUGUUGUACAAAGUGAAUGCCACUGCCACCAACGAUUUCGAAGGCUUAAAUGAGGUUAUAAAUGUUUUGGAAUCGAUAUCCGAAUUCAAUUGCACCACAGAAAUUGACACUUUUAUGCUUUCGGUGUUGUUGGGCGAUAUGGAUGUAACGGAAUUCUACACUUAUGCGGGCUCACUCACGACGCCACCCUGUUCACAGGCCGUGACUUGGGUAGUCUUCUCGCAUGCAAUCACCAUAACGCAUAGCCAAAUGAAGCGUUUCCACAAAAUGUCCGAUGACCAUGGAAGCACAAUGGAAAACAAUUAUCGCGCACUGCAGGCGAAGGGUAACCGGAAAGUGUACUUGCGGAAUAAACGCAAAGUGCUGGAAUCCUCUGUGCAGUCGCCGCUCUAUUGGGAGUUGUUGGAAAAGCUGAAACAACAGGGAAGUGCAGCAGAAAGUGCAAGAAAAUGAACGUCAAUAGUGGCGUAAAGCAGGCGUAAAGAUGCUAGUAAAAUUAUGAACUUGAAAGAGUUGCAUGGAAAAUUUAAGACUGACUGAAACUGAUUUGCCAGACAUGCAAAUAUUUGUAUAUAAUUUCAUAAGUAAAU